AUGUCAAGCCAACAACUAGUUUUAGUCACCGGUGUUAGUGGUUUUAUUGGAGCUCAUGUGGCUGUUUGUUUGGUGAAUGAAGGAUAUCGUGUUCGUGGUACUGUUCGUAGCAUGGAGAAAGCUAAUAAACUAAUUCAUCUAAACCCAGAACUUGAAGGUAAAAUUGAGUUUGUAAUCGUCACGGACAUUGUUGACCUUCCUGCUUUGAAGGGCGCUGUCAAGGGUUGCGACUAUAUUUGUCAUGUUGCUUCUCCAGUCCUUGUUGACGUCCAUGACAACAAGACUGAACUAUUGGACCCUGCUGUCAACGGUACUCUUCGUGUUUUGGAGGCCGCCACCUCUGAGCCCAAGGUGAAACGUGUGGUGAUAACUUCCUCCUUUGUUGCUUUGAGAAAUUUUUCAACAGAUCCUAAUGUAGGAUAUAACUAUACUGAAAAAGAUUGGAAUCCUAUUACUUAUGAGGAAGCGUUAACCACCAAGAACGGUACUUUUGCUUACGGUGCUUCCAAAAAGUUUGCCGAGAAGGCUGCUCGUGAUUAUGUAAAAGAAAAGCAUCCCCAGUAUGACAUUUGCACUAUCAAUCCACCUUUUGUGCUUGGUCCUUCUAUCCAUCCCAUGAACAGUAUGCAAUCCUUAAGUACUCCAAACAAAAUCUUUUGGAAUCUCAUCAAUGGUUCCCAGAUACAACCUUCCUUGCAGCACUGGAAGGUCGAUGUUCGUGAUCUUGCCAACGCCCAUGUAUUUGCACUCACGAACGAAGAAUUAAGCAAUGGCCGUUUGCUUGUAGCUCAAGGUCCUUUCUUUAGUAACCAUGUGUGUAAAAUGCUGCGUGAGCAUUUUCCUGAAAAAACAAAUACCAUCUCGAAGCCUAGUGAUGUCCCCUUUAACGAAAAUCUAUACAAGUUAGACAAUUCACUUUCAAAGUCUUUAGGCUUAAAAUACCGCAGUGAAGAAGAAACCUACCUGGAUACCGCUUUAAAUCUUUGGGAGCGUGCCAAGCAAUUCUCAUAA